GGCGGAGCCUCGCGGAGCCCCGGGCGCGAGCGCGAGAGGACGGGGACGGCGGGGGAGGGGUGGGCGGAGAGGAAGGGAGUGGCUGCGAGCCGGGCUGCGGCAGCUCCGCGCUCCUCACCCGCGGCCGCCUCUCCCUCCUCGCCGGGGGGAAGAUGCCCUUAACCCGCGGGUGUGAAGAAGGGGGACCGGUCGCCGCCAGAAACGCCCGCGCCGCCGCCGUGCGUGUCCUCUGAAGCCGGAGAAGCGCCCCCCUCACCCGGGCGUCGGGAGCGUCGGCGGGCGAGACGGGGCUGUGCGCCCGGCGGGGCCCAGGCCGCCAGGCGAGCGACCACCGACAUGGAGCGGGCUCGGGCGGCCGAGUAGCCGGGGUUGGGGGCCGGUGCCGCCCGCAGCCCGCACGGCCGGUCAGGCCCCUGGGAGACGCGGGGAGAGAAAUGAAGAGUUUUCCUCGGAAUCCUUUGCAGAUAGGACUGACUGGAUAAGCCUUAAGGAGCAGCACCGCGGGAGGAGAAAGGAAAAGCCGACUCCGGGCUCGACUUGGCGUGCUCCGAGCCGAGGGGCGGCUUCAGGGACCUCGCCCCCUCCCUGGCCCUCUGGAGGAAUCGCCGCUGAUGCAUUAUCCAAGUGGUGGUUGGGAGGAUUUGCAGCAGAAUUUUUGGUUUUCCCUCCCCCCCCACCUACAUUCUGUUUUUUUUUUCCUCCCUUUCCCCCCCUCUAUGUUCUUUCUUCCUGGGAAGUGAAUUGCUGAUGCAAAUCGGACUUAAUUCAUUAAUGAUGCAACUGGAUUCGUUUCAGGAUUAUGUUGCACGGGUUGAAUUUUGAAUGAAGGAGGUUUUUUUUUCUUUUUUUUUUUUAAGGACUCUUUAGUUUGCUGUACUUUUAAUUAUUUUAUUUAAGCAUACCACCUAAUUGUAUUAUAUUCUCUUGAAAAUGUGUUAAGUAUAUAUUUUAUGUAACUUUCCCGCAAUAUAGAUGUAUAUGUGCGAAAUUCAAGACGCUUCAGUUAAGUGAGGUUCCUAGUGUGUUGGGUGUUUAAUUCAACACCGACAUUGCGUGACAGUUUAAAUAACAAGUGGUUUGUUUUGAAAACCACACCUUAAUCAAACUUAGGUCUAAGUAAUUAGGUUGGAAAAUCGUAAUCAUAAUUUAAAGGAAGGUCGGCAGCAACUGGAGCAACCAUGUCUGGAGAAGUGCGUUUGAGACAGUUGGAACAGUUUAUUUUGGAUGGGCCCGCUCAGACCAAUGGGCAGUGUUUCAGCGUGGAAACGUUACUGGAUAUACUCAUCUGCCUUUAUGAUGAAUGCAAUAAUUCUCCAUUGAGAAGAGAGAAGAACAUUCUUGAAUACCUAGAAUGGGCUAAACCAUUUACUUCUAAAGUGAAACAGAUGCGAUUACAUAGAGAAGACUUUGAAAUAUUAAAGGUGAUUGGUCGAGGAGCUUUUGGAGAGGUUGCUGUAGUGAAACUAAAAAAUGCAGAGAAAGUAUUUGCCAUGAAAAUAUUGAAUAAAUGGGAAAUGCUGAAAAGAGCUGAGACAGCAUGUUUUCGUGAAGAAAGGGAUGUUUUAGUGAAUGGAGACAACAAAUGGAUUACAACAUUGCACUAUGCUUUCCAGGAUGACAAUAAUUUAUACUUGGUUAUGGAUUAUUAUGUUGGUGGAGAUUUACUUACACUGCUCAGCAAAUUUGAAGAUAGAUUGCCUGAAGAUAUGGCUCGAUUUUACUUGGCAGAGAUGGUGAUAGCAAUUGAUUCUGUUCAUCAACUGCAUUAUGUACAUAGAGACAUCAAACCUGACAAUAUAUUGAUGGAUAUGAAUGGACAUAUUCGGUUAGCAGAUUUUGGUUCUUGUCUAAAACUGAUGGAAGAUGGAACAGUUCAGUCCUCAGUGGCUGUUGGAACUCCAGAUUAUAUCUCUCCUGAAAUCCUUCAAGCUAUGGAAGAUGGAAAGGGCAGAUAUGGACCUGAGUGUGACUGGUGGUCUUUGGGAGUCUGUAUGUAUGAAAUGCUUUAUGGAGAAACACCAUUUUAUGCAGAAUCUCUGGUGGAGACAUAUGGAAAAAUCAUGAAUCACAAAGAAAGGUUUCAGUUUCCACCUCAAGUGACUGAUGUUUCUGAAAAUGCUAAGGAUCUUAUUCGCAGACUUAUUUGUAGCAGAGAACAUCGACUUGGUCAAAAUGGAAUAGAAGAUUUCAAGAAGCACCCGUUUUUUAGUGGAAUUGAUUGGGAUAAUAUUCGAAAUUGUGAAGCUCCCUAUAUUCCAGAAGUCAGUAGCCCAACAGAUACAUCCAAUUUUGAUGUGGAUGAUGACUGUUUAAAGAAUUCUGAAACGAUGCCCCCACCAACACAUACUGCAUUUUCUGGCCACCACCUGCCAUUUGUUGGCUUUACAUAUACUAGUAGUUGUGUUCUUUCUGAUCGGAGCUGUUUAAGAGUUACGGCUGGUCCCACAUCCCUAGAUCUUGAUGUUAAUCUUCAGAGAACUUUAGACAACAAUUUAGCAACUGAAGCUUAUGAAAGAAGAAUUAAACGCCUUGAACAGGAAAAACUUGAACUAAGUAGAAAGCUUCAAGAGUCAACACAGACAGUUCAAGCACUGCAACAUUCAACUGGCGAUGGUCCAUUAACAGCAAGCAAAGAUCUAGAAAUAAAAAAUUUAAAAGAAGAAAUUGAAAAACUAAGAAAACAAGUAAGAGAAUCAAGUCACUUGGAACAGCAACUUCAAGAAGCUAAUUCUGUGAGGCAAGAACUAGAUGAUGCUUUUAGACAAAUCAAAGCUUAUGAAAAACAAAUCAAAACUUUGCAGCAAGAAAGAGAAGACCUAAAUAAGGAACUAGUCCAGGCUAGUGAGCGAUUAAAAAACCAGUCCAAAGAGCUGAAAGACGCACACUGUCAGAGGAAACUGGCCAUGCAGGAAUUCAUGGAGAUCAAUGAGCGACUAACAGAAUUGCACACCCAAAAACAGAAACUUGCUCGCCAUGUCCGAGAUAAGGAAGAAGAGGUGGACCUGGUGAUGCAAAAAGUUGAAAGCUUAAGGCAAGAACUGCGCAGAACAGAAAGAGCCAAAAAAGAGCUGGAAGUUCAUACAGAAGCUGUAGCUGCUGAAGCAUCUAAAGACAGGAAACUGCGUGAACAGAGUGAGCACUAUUCUAAGCAACUAGAAAAUGAAUUGGAGGGGCUGAAGCAAAAACAAAUUAGUUACUCACCAGGAGUAUGUAGCAUUGAACAUCAGCAAGAAAUAACUAAACUAAAAACUGAUUUGGAAAGGAAAAGUAUCUUUUAUGAAGAAGAAUUAUCUAAAAGGGAAGGAAUACAUGCAAAUGAAAUUAAAAAUCUGAAAAAAGAGCUACAUGAUUCAGAAGGUCAGCAGCUUGCUCUCAACAAAGAAAUUUUGAUUUUGAAAGACAAAUUGGAAAAAAACAGGAGAGAAAGUCAAAAUGAGAGGGAAGAAUUUGAAAAUGAGUUCAAACAACAGUAUGAACGAGAAAAAGUGUUAUUAACGGAAGAAAAUAAGAAACUGACAAGUGACCUUGAUAAGCUUACCACUUUGUAUGAGAACUUAAGUAUUCACAACCAACAAUUAGAAGAAGAGAUUAAAGAUCUUGCAGAUAAGAAAGAAUCAGUUGCACAUUGGGAAGCUCAAAUCACAGAAAUAAUUCAGUGGGUCAGUGAUGAAAAAGAUGCACGAGGAUAUCUUCAGGCCUUGGCUUCUAAAAUGACUGAAGAAUUAGAAGCAUUAAGAAAUUCCAGCCUGGGCACUCGCGCAACAGAUAUGCCAUGGAAAAUGCGUCGCUUUGCAAAACUAGAUAUGUCAGCAAGACUAGAGUUGCAGUCAGCUUUGGAUGCAGAAAUAAGAGCUAAACAGGCCAUCCAAGAAGAGCUGAAUAAAGUUAAAGCUUCUAACAUUCUAACAGAAUGUAAACUAAAAGAAUCAGAGAAGAAGAAUUUGGAACUACUUUCAGAAAUAGAACAACUGAUAAAGGACACUGAAGAACUUAGAUCUGAAAAGGGUAUAGAGCACCAAGACUCACAGCAUUCUUUCUUGGCAUUUUUGAAUACGCCUACCGAUGCUCUGGAUCAAUUUGAACGCUCUCCGUCCUGUACUCCAGCUAGCAAAGGCAGACGUACUGAUCCCGUUGAGAACACACAUGUACGGAAUCCGAGCGUCAAGUUUUACAUCCAGUCAAGGUCCACCUCUCCUUCCACAUCUAGUGAAGCUGAGCCAGUGAAGAAUGCAGAUAGUACUCCUCUUCCAGUUCACACACCAACCUUAAAGAAAAAAGGAUGCCCUGGUUCAACUGGCUUGCCAUCUAAGCGCAAGACUCACCAGUUUUUUGUCAAGUCUUUUACUACUCCUACAAAAUGUCAUCAGUGUACUUCUCUGAUGGUGGGCUUGAUAAGGCAGGGAUGUGCCUGUGAAGUGUGUGGAUUCUCAUGUCAUAUAACCUGUGUAAACAAAGCUCCUACAACUUGUCCAGUGCCUCCUGAGCAGACAAAAGGUCCCCUGGGUAUAGAUCCACAGAAAGGAAUAGGAACAGCAUAUGAAGGUCAUGUCAGGAUCCCUAAACCAGCUGGAGUGAAGAAAGGAUGGCAAAGAGCUUUGGCUGUAGUUUGUGAUUUCAAACUCUUUCUGUAUGAAAUUGCUGAAGGAAAGGCCUCUCAACCCAGUGUUAUAGUCAGCCAAGUAAUCGACAUGAGAGAUGAAGAAUUUUCUGUGAAUUCAGUUUUGGCUUCUGAUGUUAUUCACGCAGGUCGAAAAGAUAUACCCUGUAUAUUUAGAGUCACAGCUUCCCAGCUCUCAGCAUCCAAUAACAAAUGUUCAAUCCUGAUGCUGGCAGAUAGUGAGAAUGAGAAAAAUAAGUGGGUGGGAGUGCUGAGUGAAUUGCACAAGAUUUUGAAGAAAAACAAAUUCAGAGAUCGUUCCGUUUAUGUGCCCAAAGAAGCUUAUGACAGCACUCUACCCCUCAUUAAAACAACUCAGGCAGCUGCAAUCAUCGAUCAUGAAAGAAUAGCUUUGGGAAAUGAAGAAGGGUUAUUUGUUGUGCAUGUCACCAAAGAUGAAAUUAUUAGAGUUGGUGACAAUAAGAAGAUUCAUCAAAUUGAACUCAUUCCAAGUGAUCAGCUUUUUGCUGUGAUCUCAGGACGAAAUCGUCAUGUACGACUUUUUCCUAUGUCAGCUUUGGAUGGGCGAGAGACUGAUUUUUACAAGCUGGCAGAAACUAAAGGGUGUCAAACUAUAACUUCAGGAAAACUGCAUCAUGGAGCACUCACUUGCCUAUGUGUGGCCAUGAAAAGGCAGGUCCUCUGUUAUGAACUACUUCAGAGCAAGACCCGUCACAGAAAAUUUAAGGAAAUUCAAGUCCCAUAUAAUGUCCAGUGGAUGGCAAUCUUCAGUGAACAACUCUGUGUGGGAUUCCAGUCAGGAUUUCUAAGGUACCCCCUGAAUGGAGAAGGAAGUCCAUACAGUAUGCUCCAUUCAAAUGACCACACACUGUCAUUUAUUGCACAUCAGCCAAUGGAUGCCAUCUGCGCAGUUGAGAUCUCCAGUAAAGAAUACCUGCUGUGUUUUAACAGCAUUGGGAUCUACACGGACUGCCAGGGCCGGAGAUCCAGACAACAGGAACUGAUGUGGCCAGCAAAUCCUUCUUCUUGUUGUUACAAUGCGCCCUAUCUCUCAGUGUAUAGUGAAAAUGCAGUUGAUGUUUUUGAUGUGAACUCCAUGGAAUGGAUUCAGACUCUCCCUCUCAAAAAGGUUCGACCCUUAAACAGUGAAGGAUCAUUAAAUCUUUUGGGAUUGGAGACAAUUAGAUUAAUAUAUUUCAAAAAUAAGAUGGCAGAAGGAGACGAACUGGUAGUUCCUGAAACUUCAGAUAACAGUCGGAAACAAAUGGUUAGAAACAUUAACAAUAAGCGGCGUUAUUCCUUCAGAGUUCCAGAAGAGGAAAGAAUGCAACAGAGGAGAGAGAUGCUGCGAGAUCCAGAAAUGCGAAAUAAAUUAAUUUCUAACCCAACUAAUUUUAACCAUAUAGCACACAUGGGUCCAGGAGAUGGAAUACAGAUCCUAAAAGACCUGCCCAUGCCAGGUUUCCCUUAUCCAUCCCCUCAUCAUCACUCCGGUCUGAUCUCCUCUCCGAUCAACUUUGAACACAUCUAUCACAUGACUGUUAAUUCCGCUGAAAAAUUUCUCUCUCCUGAUUCCAUAAACCCCGAAUGUUCCCCGUCUCUACGCUCUGUCCCCGGUACACCAAGCUUUAUGACUCUGAGGAAUCCUCGGCCUCAGGAAAGCAGAGCCGUGUUCAGCGGCUCGGUCAGUAUUCCAUCUAUCACCAAAUCCCGCCCUGAACCCGGCCGCUCCAUGAGCGCCAGCAGUGGCCUGUCAUCAAGGUCUUCAGCACAGAAUGGCAGCGCGUUGAAGAGGGAGUUCUCAGGCGGAAGUUACAAUGCCAAGCGGCAGCCCCUGCCUUCCCCCUCAGAGGGCUCCUUGUCUUCUGGGGGCAUGGAUCAAGGGAGCGAUGCCCCUGCGCGGGACUAUGAUGGGGAGGACUCUGACUCUCCAAGGCAUUCCACCGCUUCCAACAGUUCCAACCUGAGCAGCCCACCCAGCCCCGUGUCGCCCCGGAAGACCAAGAGCCUCUCUCUGGAGAGCGCUGAACGCAGUAGCUGGGACCCCUGACUGCCUCAGCACUCACAGGAUGCCAGAGAGGCUUCCUCACCCUCGCUCCCUCCUCUCUUGCUUCAUCUUUCCCUCCCGCAGCAGCCCCAGUAGCUGGGUGGGGAUUCAGGAUUUCUGACCACAGUCCCCGGACUAAAUAGCAGCCACUAUUCAUAGACAGACUUUCAUUAAAAGCACCUUAGAUUAAUACUGAUUUCAUUUCGCACAUCUAGAGUUGCUUUCUGUACCCUUUCACCCUCCACCCACAAGUAGACAGAUACCCCAAACGUAAGUGAUAAGGAUAAGGUUAGACACUUUGUUUUCACAGUAGAGUCACAUUCUAGUCCCCUCAUAGCACAGCUCUCCUGUCCGCCCUGGAAAGGCACGCUAAGCCCUCACUCAGCACCUACAGUGAAUGUCGACCUAAUUGUUGCCAGUAAGUCCUUAUUAAUUAAAACUGCAUAUUUUACUACAAUACAGAGUUUACGUAAAUACACAAAUGUAGAGGUUAAAUACUGAAUGUAUAUAGUAAAAAGAAGCAUCUUGUAUUCAACAAAAAAAAUGGAUGCAUAUAUGAGAGAGAUCAUUUAAUUUAAGAAAUGUGUUGUUUCUUGUCUGUUCUCCAGCUAAGUAAUUAAGAGUAGAAAGCCCUCCCACUGAUGGUUUUGGAGGGAGAGCAGGAGAAAUCAGAGUUCCCUUUAGUGCUGCGUCCUCACGUGGGCUCCAAGCCUCAGUGGCCAGACCAUUAGGAAAUGCACCGGGGCAGGAGCUAAGCACCAGACUUUGCACGUUUGAAGCCUCUUUGGCAUCACCAGAAGGCAAACUCCUGUACCAGACGUUACUUUUUCUAGUAGUAGAAUAUGGACCACUCUUUCCUUUUUUGGGUUUUUUUUUUUUUUUAGUACUUUGGUAUAUCACUUUCUUCCUUCCAUCUGUAAGGACACAGGAAGGACACAGCUUCUGAAGGGCCAUGGAGAGGCCCUGAAAAAUGUUUGUUCUUCUGCACCGAUCCUGCCCCUCUCUGAAUUUUAGCCAGGUGCCCAGAAAAGAGCCUGCUUUGAGGGUGGGUACGAGCUUCCUCAGAUAAGCCUGGACAAGGACUUUAGUACCAAAUAGCAUAAGCCCAUGAAUGCAAGAAGUGAGAGAGAGCCCCGCACCUGCCCACUGGGAGCAGCCUGGCCUAGCAGGUCCACCUGCCCCCUCUGUUGUGUUAGUCGCGGUACCAUUUGUGUUCCCACAAGUUUCAGUCACCACCAGGAAAUGAGGUACACAAUGGGAAGAACCUUAUUUCUCCAAAGUCACUUCACCUGUUAAGCGCAUGAGUUGAGAGAGGUAGGAAUAAAAAAUUGAAUGGAAGUAAAGAGAACCUGCCUCUCUCACUUUUUACCUAAGUUUCUCUGAGAAGUAGAGAGCAUCUUCUUUCUCUCUGAGCACUGUCUCUUUCUGAUCUGCUGAAGCACUCUGCUCUUGAGUAUGGAGGAGCCUGCCUGUUAGGGAGCUGGCACCCCCAUCCCGUCUCUCUUGAGAAGGGGCUGCAGGUUGGGCAGAAUCGGGAGGCAGGACAUGUGUGAAAUAACCCACAGAACUUUACCACAUCCAUUCCCACACUUAGACUCUGCUUGCUUAGACCUCACCAUGGUUUCUUUUGGAUGGGCUUAAAGUACUGCACAGUUUUCAAGUAAAUCUUUUUUGCUUUGGGAAGUUUCAUGUAAAACUACUCUUGUGCAUCCAGAGGCCUUGAAUCAGUCGUUUUUGUUUUUGGUUUUGUUGUUGUUGUUGUUGUUUUAAAUUUUACUGAAUCUCCAUGAGGUAGUUUGAAUCAGUCUUGACUCCAGUUACUGCCCUGGUAGUCCCUGAGCUUUCUUGAGAGGAUGGAAGCAAGAAGAGGGAAGUGGCUCGCUGGAGGCAGAUGCUGAGUGCCUGUGGCUGCUCCCGUCUUCUCAAGACUCCUCUCUCCUUCUCUCGGAUGCCCCCACCUUUUCUUCCUGCCCUAGUCUUUGGGCCAGGACAAAGUCACAGGACUCUACAGCAAGCCAUUAGCUUGUAGCUUUCACAAUCAAGUGUGAGUUUCUGUUGCUGCGGGUGCUUGCUUGUUCAAGGUCAAAGCAGAGAUAACUGCAUCCAGGCUCUGCUACCCCAGGAGCAAGCAAGAACAUUAGGACUCCUACAGGUUCCAGUUCCUGCUGCCCCACAGGCAGGUGGCUUUUCCACCUGCCUCUGCCAGUCACAGGAUGGGUUGUCACAAAAAGCAACCCCAAACAGGUUCGGUUGGCAAGGUGGACAGGGAUGGAGGAGGGGUGGGGGUGCACUGCCAGCAUAAUAGUUUGGGAGGCAAUUUUCCUAAGAUAAUAAUUGCCUCUGGGUUCCCCCUACUCUUAAAUAUGAGCCUGUUACCUUCAAAAGCUCUGGGGAAAUGGCAAGAUGAAGACUGGGGUAACCGCACAGAGACCCAAGGGAGGAAUAACAGCUCACUGAAAGGUGGUUUGUGCUCUCUGGGGUAAGCCUUUGCUUUCAUGUGGGACAGAUUGGGCCAUGGAGGUAGGAACUCAUUUCUCAGCAGAAAGAAAACAUCAGGAAGAUGCAUUUCGGGCAUAGCCUGUAUGUGUUGGUAUUUGGUGCUAUCUAUGUCCAGCCAAUUUGUUGUCUACUCUUGAAUUACAAAUUACUCAUUAUGUGCUUCGGGUAUAUAAAGUUACAUAUAUGUACACACACACACACAAAUACACAAAUGCGCAUGCAUUUGUAUUUCUUUUUGCCAAAAACAAAAGCCUUCCUCCUUGUCAAAUGAUUACUCAAGCCCUUUUCACUUCUUUAGCUAUGUGUGUAGGUGUGUGCACAUAUACACACAUACACGUCCCUGCAGCUAGUGAUUUGUGCUUUUUACCAGGGAGUAGAGUUUUGAGGUUGUGAAACAAUUUAAAAGGGCCCUUCUAGUUGGUUUUCCAAGCAGUUCAUCUGCUCUGCCUUCAGGAAAGUAUUUGAGGCUCCUGUUCUCCUUGCAGCACCAACCUGACAUUCCCACUGCUCUCAGCGUCUGUCUUCCCAAGUUUAAAAUCUGUCAUCAGUGACUGGGGCCACAUCUACUGCUGUGAAAGGCCAGUUGCAUUUCUGUAAAAUUAGAUUUUAUUAAAGAAAAGCUAGGGCAGGGGUGGCCAGAUGCCCCUCACCCCUCAGGACCAGUUCCUGGCCUUUGGCAGUUGUCCCCAUUAGCACGGGCCUUGGGAAGCUCACCUCCAACUCCUGGACAUGGGUGCUCUGUGCAGCCAGGCUUGCAUGCUGCAGAAGGCAGUUUGGUGCCUCACUCACUGCUCUUCAUGGCCUGGCCUAGAAUUCCAUACAUGGCUGACCCUCCAGAGCCCACCGCAGAGCCUUUUUCCUUGUCCUGACUUUACUUCUUACUCGAGUUACUUGCAGCUCUGCUAGAUAGAGGGCCUUGCUUCAGCUGGAGCUUUCUCCACUCUCAGCCCUGGUCACAGGCUAGGCACUUCUCUUCCUUCCCUGGGGAUAGCCAUCAGACACACACACACACACACACACACACACACACACACACAACACACCCAUUUCAUUCAGGGGAAAAUUGACUUAAACAAAGCAACCUUGAAAUUUAAUUUAAAAAACAAAACUAAGUGACCUGCCUUUUUAUUUGGUAGUAUGUAAUAUCAUUUUGCUAUUACAUUUUUUUAGGGUUUUUUUCUCAUUGUAAUAUUAUUGUACAGUUUUGCAUGGCCUAGGUGUAAUCUUUUUUUCCUGUUUAGAAUAUAAUUCUCACAAAUACAUGUGUAUGGAAGGGGAAAAGAUAGUGCUUUGGCCUUUAAUCACUCUUUAUUUCACUUUGUUUGGUUUAUGCCCUCAAUGUCUUGGGGACCUUCAUAAGAUAUCCUCUGCUACCAAGCAACAAUGGGGAUUCUUUUUGCACAGAAUUUAUUUAAGGUGGGAUCAUCAGAAAUGUAACAGAAGAUUCCUCACCGGUAUUUUAUGUUGGUAUCACUUAAUAUUAACCAGACUUUGAUGUAUUGCAAUAAAACAGGGAACUGUUAGAAUUGA